AUGGGAGAAGACAUCGCCCACGGCCACCCCGAGCUGCCGCCGGAGACGGUUACGUGUAUGGUCCUGCUGCGCAUCAGCGACUCCAUCCAGCAGACCGGCAAGACGCUGGAAGACUUCGGCCUGCCGCCCCGGCUGCCUGGCCUGCUACCAGCUCAGCGCCAGGCGGUCGACACGGUGCUGGCCGUGGUCGACGACCAGGAGCCGCUCGCCCUAUUCUUGGAGGCGCCAGGUGGCACUGGGAAAACGUUCACCUUUAACCUGCUCCUCUCUGCAGUGCGAGCCAAGGGCCUGGUUGCACUCGCCGUCGAAUUCAGUGGCAUGGCCACCAUGAUGCUAGACAGCAGGAGGACAUUUCACUCCCGCUUCAAAGCUCCUCUGCGACCGGACGACACCGCCAUCUUUAACAUCCCCGCCCAGAGCGAGCUCGCCCAGCUGAUCCGGCUAGCGCGCCUCAUCGUGAUGGAUGAGACUCCGAUGGCGCACCGGCACCACAUCGAGGGCCUCGACCGGACGCUGCGUGACCUGACGGGGUCCGAUCAGCUGUUCGGCGGCAAGGUGGUGGUGCUGGGCGGCGACUUCCGGCAGGUCCUCCCAGUCGUCCGGCACGCCAACCAGGCAGGCAUCGUGGACGCCAGUCUCCGCCGCUCGCCGCUGUGGCGUCAAUUCCGAGUGCACCGGCUGCGGGAAAAUAUGCGCGCCAGACUGGCCACGCAAAACCCCGGCCGGGCCCGAAGUUGA